AUGGAAUAUUCUUUUACUGAUCGCGUGCAUAAAAAGAAAGUGGUUCCAUAUCUUCAAAGAAAAGAAUAUAAAUACGAGACGAAAAAAAGAGUAAAAAAGGCCACACGCUUACGGAACAAUCAACGAAGUCAAAAGGAAUUUCAAAAUUGGCAAUUCUUUGAACAAAAUUUGUCUGAAGAAAGUAAUACAAACACCGAAUCCGAAGAUAUCCUCGAUAAUGAAACUGAACUCGAAUACGAAGCUUCAGUCGCAUGUGAUGAAACUGGAUACAAUAAAAGUGAAUGCGAUGAAGGUGAAUUCGAUGAAGGCGAAUGCGAUGAAAGUAAAUAUGAUGAAAGUGAAUAUGAUGAAAGUGAAUGCGAUGAAAGUGAACAUUAUGAAAGUGAAUAUGAUGAAAGUGAAUGCGAUGAAAGUGAAUAUGAUGAAGGUGAAUAUGAUGAAGGUGAAUAUGAUGAAGGUGAAUAUGAUGAAGGUGAAUAUGAUGAAGGUGAAUAUGAUGAAAGUGACUAUGAUGAAGGUGAAUAUGAUGAAAGUGAAUAUGAUGAAAGUGAAUAUGAUGAAAGUGAAUAUGAUGAAAGUGAAUAUGAUGAAGGUGAAUAUGAUGAAAGUGAAUAUGAUGAAAGUGAAUAUGAUGAAGGUGAAUAUGAUGAAGGUGAAUAUGAUGAAAGUGAAUAUGAUGAAGGUGAAUAUGAUGAAAGUGAAUAUGAUGAAAAUGAAUAUGAUGAAAGUGAAUAUGAUGAAAGUGAAUAUGAUGAAAGUGAGUAUGAUGAAAGUGAAUGCGAUGAAAGUGAAUAUGAUGAAAGUGAAUAUGAUGAAAGUGAAUACGAUGAAAGUGAAAGCUCAUCUGAUGCCAGAAGUAAAAAAGAUUGCUUAAUUUUAUAA